UUUCUGACCAAUCAGAGCGCAGGUUUCCAGCCAGCCGAAAACAAGAGGGGUGUUUUGACAUGCGGACAGACAGGGCCUGUCGUGGAGGCAAACAAACGCUGAGACUGAGCAAAUUUCACUCGGGUCUUAUUGCCUAAGGCACCACAGGACUCUGUGGAAUAGAUACAUCCUGUAUUCACCGUGUAUGUGAGAGGGAGAGGGAGAAAGAUGGACAUUCUGGAGACAUAUGCCUUCGAUAGGAGACAGCGCAGGAACACGUCCUGCAUUCUGUUUCUUUUUCUCCUUCCUUUCUUCGCUUCUGCAGCACUGUAUUUCUACCUGUGGAUCCCAGAAUCUGCUCCAUCCAUCCUGGCUGCAGGUGUGAAGGCUGCCCCCGUGCUCUCAUUGGCUUUCAUGGUGCUCAGCUACAAUGGAGGGUGGAGCCUGCUGGGCGUGGCUGGAGGGCUGGUGAUGUCAGCGGCAGGAGACACCUGUCUCAUCUGGCCACAUCUUUUCCUCCUGGGAAUGGUCUGCUUUGCUCUGGCCCACCUGCUGUACUCUCUUUCCUUCCUGACUUCACGUUAUUCCUCUCAUGCCUCUUCUUCCUGUGGCCUCUAUUUCUUGUACCUCCUGCUCUGGGGAGCCGGUGGUGGAAUUUACGUCUAUCUCCUGCCCUUCCUCCAGAAGUCACCAGAUCCUGACGUUUAUGUUCCGGCUGUUGGAGGUUACGCGCUUCUCAUUGUUCUGAUGGCGACUCUUGCGGCACGAACGAGGCACCCGCUUGUUCUGCUAGGUGGCCUGGUCUUCAUGGUGUCUGACUUCACCCUUGCACUUCAGCAAUUCAAAGUCAUUAAACAUCUGGAUCAUGGCAGGCAUAUUGUCAUGACAACGUACUACCUGGCCCAGAUGCUGAUCGCCAUCGGUGACGUGGAGGCGUCGAUGGCAGAGCAGGCCGAGGAGCUCCACAAAUGGAAGAAGUCAUAGGGGCGGCGUCGAGACAUGGGCAGGUGGAACUAAUGCAGACUUAAUACAGACGGAUAUAAAUCAUUACUUAUAGGAGAUUCUGUGUUCUGUAUUUAUAUGUUUACAUAAUGUAUAAGUCGUAAGUCUGCAUUGUUUAGCUACUAACCAUGCUUAUCAUUUGAGAGGAACCUAGGACAUGUCCAGUCAUGACAGAAAGAAGAACUCUAUGUAGCCUGUACUAUGUUUCUUACAAUAUUAAAAUAACCAAAAAAAAACUCUCAAACAAUAAAUAAGAAACGUUGAAUAAACUUGGGAACUCUA